GGUGCUCAGUUGUUUUGGUUGUUAUUCUUUUGGCGCACAACUACGCAUUGGACUGUUUGCAUUCUGUCUAUCCAGAAGAAUUGACCGUCUAAUAAUGUAAUUAAAUCCGCAAGCUUACCGCUGACCCAGUGGGACGCGAGCCUAAGAGAUCCAAACGACCAAAUAUACGAGACCAACUUUACUCGUUUUUAAAAUCUUAUAAAAUUAUAUUGAAUAUUUCAUAAUAUACAAAAAAGCAACUUAGGUUUUCUUGUAAUACUUCCACGACACUGACAUUGUUAAGAUAAUUAGUUAAAGCAGGCCUUUAAUUUCUAUUGAAAAAUUCAUUGUAUAGCUACAAAAUUUCCUAAUGUACCAUUUUAAAAAAAGCAAAACAAACUCAUAUUAUUGAAAACAAUAUCUUUCUGCGGCAUUUUCCUCCAUGUUCGUUGGCUGUUUCCAAACCACUGCAUUGGUUGCGUUAUUAAGCCAAGACAACACCUCCAUGUUGGAAUUUUGAUAAUAUAAAGAUUCUGACUGUACAUUUGUGGAACAGAAAGUGGUCAAGAAACCAAAUAUGUUGCAGUUUAUGCUGUUAUUUAGUCGACAAGGAAAGUUGCGCCUUCAGAAAUGGUAUGUAGCACACCCUGAUAAGCAGAAAAAGAAGAUUACCAGAGAGUUACUAGCUAUAUUGUUGGCAAGAAAACCAAAAAUGUGUUCUUUCUUGGAAUGGAAGGACUUAAAGAUUGUCUAUAAGAGGUAUGCAAGUUUGUACUUCUGUUGUGCCAUAGAUCAAAAUGAUAAUGAACUUCUAACUUUGGAAAUUAUUCAUCGUUAUGUUGAAUUGUUGGAUAAAUAUUUUGGAAGUGUUUGUGAAUUGGAUAUCAUUUUCAACUUUGAAAAAGCCUAUUUUAUUCUGGAUGAGCUGCUUCUAGGAGGUGAAAUACAAGAAACUAGUAAAAAGAAUGUUUUGAAAGCAAUUGCUGCCCAGGAUCUCUUACAAGAGGAUGAUGCAGUUGAAAUAGCACUGAAAGAACUGGGACUUGUGUGACAGAGCAACUUUCUUCAAGAACCAUUAAGAGCGGCUGAACUGGUUUCUUUGCACAACUCCUAUAUUAUAGCAUGGUUAGAUAUGUCUAUAACUAGAAAAUGAAACCAAGAAUAUCUUAGCAAUAUUUCAGCAAAAAUCAUUUGAACUUUGUGCCUACCUGGGGUCAGUGUAAAAUCAUAUCCCAGCUAUUUCUUAUUUAUUUAAUUAUUAUUAAGUGCCAAAAGUUAAGUGUUCGAAUAUUUAUUGUUGCACAGUUUUUAUCACAGUUUCAAAUCUUUUUAUUUACUCACUGUUAUUGAACAAAAAAAGGUGAACUUUUAUCAGUUUACUCUGUAUUUUUUGUGUGUAUUAAAAUAAGAAGUUGAUAAUGUAGUAAUUUUCUUGAAAGUUAUUUUAGUCUUGCAUCUGAAAAUUUGAUAAACCAACACUUAAGGAUUUUAUUUACAAAUCACUCUUGCAACUUUAAGUCCAAACACCAAUGUUACACCCUUUAUUUAUACUUCAGAAAGCCUCCUCAAUUAUUUUGUUUACAUAAAAUGUCUAUAACGCAGUAAGAAAGGAAGAUACUAUAAGCAAUAAGGGAAUGCCUGCUAUAUAAUAUCUAGAAGGUUGCAAAAAUCUCACUUCUUUUCUCCAAGUGAAUGGUUUUUGUUUUUCUUUCAGAUGUUAAACAACUUUAAAUCAUCAUUAAAAGUAAAGAACUAUCACACUGACACCAUUGUCUAAUUAUGAACAACACAACCACAAAAGUGAUGAAUAACAACACAUUUAUCAUAUUCACCAAACUGUUCUACGAGUACCACACAAAUCCAGCUGAGAAUUGCCUGUAAAUCAAUUAGUUAGAUGAACAUUUUUUCCAUGUGAAUGACUUCAUUCUUAGUCCACUUUGUUCAUGAAUCAUUUAUUCAUAUACAUGUGGUAGCUGCAAUACUACCUACAUUGGCAAAACUAAAUGCCAUUUAACUGUAUGCAUCCAUGAGCACAUGGAAAUUUCUGUAGAACUGGUCACCCUUUAUCAUCUCCCUGCACCUCUUAUAUUCAAACAUACAGUCAAACUAAUGGACACAAAAUCUCUUUAACUGACUUUAAAAUUUUAGUUAUGAGCCAUAUAGACUUUAAAUUUUACUAGUUCAUUUAGUGUGGGUCUAUUUUAUUUCCAAGUUUCACUCACUGGCUUUUAUUAUCCCCUUCUACUUACAGUUGUUUACUGUAGUACAUAAGCUUUUGUUCAACAUUCAAAUGAUUGUAAUUAAUUUUUGUGUUUAUUGUAGUAAUUUUCUGAAGGUGGAAUGUGCAUAUUCCAAAAUGCCCAAUAAUUAUGUUGUUUUUAUCACUUUUAUGUUUCCCAACUGGUGACUCAGCAGUACAUAGGAGUGCUUAUACUGCUAAAAUUUGGGUUUCAAUAUCUACAAUGGGCAGAGCGAAGAUAGUCCAUUGUUUAGUUUUGUGUUUAACAACACACAAACUUCUCUGGCUGUAUUGUUCAUUACUAGACUAAGUUUUCCACAUCAUGAAUUUAUUGGCAUCAUUGUUUUUUGUCUACAGAUUGUAUAAAUAUUUGCUAUUACCAAAUAUUAAAUAUGUUUCAUCCAAUUUCAAGUGUACAAUGUCUUUGUUAAUUGAAUGUUGUGAUUGACAUGUCAUAUUCCAUUUUCAAUACAAAAUGUAUUCACUUUGAAAAUAUAUAUAAUAACAGUUGUAUUGGAGAAGUUGUUAUUAAUGUAUUAACGGUGAGUAAUUUCCAGUCAGUUUCAUUAUUAUAUGUACAUAGGUUGUAUGGACUUGCCUACUUCAGGUGUUAGAUCUGAAACAAACCAUCUGAUAUACAUACAUACAUACAUAAACCUAGUAUUUGCUUUUGAAAAGAAUAACACAAGACUUAAAUAUUCACAUGUUGUUUUAAUAAAUGUGAAGAAGUUAUUUCAUUAAAUUGUUUUGAAAAUUCAUUUUUUGUUGUAAACCUUCUGUGAUAAAAGAAGUGAUCUAACUACUAAAGCAGAAAAAUUCUCCCUUUUUCUCAUAAUUUAUGGUGAACACACAUUUAAAGAGACAGAAACUUAACAGUAACAAAAAAACUGAUACAUGAGAAUACAGAAAUGAUGGGUACUUGAUAUAAACUUCUGUUAAAGUUUAAUCUUCCUAUAACUCACAAAUGCCAUUCAAUUUCAUAUAUUUUUGCAACCCUGUAUUAUGGUGAAUCAUAAUGUCAUAAAUUCUGUCUAUUCCCU